AUGGAAGCAAACACGGUGUUAUCUGAAAGAAAGCUAGCAAACGCAGUAGGGGCAAAGUCAGCAAGGGCCUGCGACAACUGCAUAAAGAAGCGGGCCCGCUGGUACUGCGCCGCAGACGAUGCCUUCCUCUGCCAGGCGUGCGACCUCUCCGUCCACUCGGCCAACCCCCUGGCCCGCCGUCACGACCGAGUCCGCCUCAAGACAGCGUCCGACGACCCCGCGUGGCACCGGGGAUUCACCCGCAAGGCCCGAACCCCCAGGCCCAACAAGAAAAACAUCAGCGCCGCCAAGAGCCAGUCCGGGCCGGGCUCCAACCCUCAGGCCCACCACCUCGUGCCCGAUAUGUGCAGCGAAGACAACGACACGGAGGAGGAGCAGCUGCUGUACCGUGUCCCUGUAUUCGACCCGUUUGUGGCUAACGAUCACAAUUAUGAUAAUAACCACUUUCUCCCGAGCGAGAUGGAUCUGGCGGAGUUUGCGGCCGACGUGGAGUGCUUGUUGGGGAACGGGCUCGAGCAAGGGGCGUUGGACAUGAAGGGGCUCGGGAUUGGAGAUAUUCUCGACUGCAAUGACGUGGAGAGGGAGAAAGGAUCGACGGCCCUUGUUAAAAUCGAGGACGGCGAAGAAACUGGAGAUAUUGUUAUUAACAAUAAUACCAAUGAUGAUCGUGAGGAGGGGGAGUUUGUUGGUAUCGGAAAAGAGAGCUUCUUGUUGAAUUUUGAUUACGAUUUGCCGGUUUUGGGUGAGGAGGAGAAUAAGGCAGAGGAGGAGCAUAAGUUCCAAGAUUCUAUUAAUGUUAAAGCCUGUUGUUCUAAGAAGAUCUUUCUAAGGCUGGAUUAUGAAGGGGUGAUGUCGGCUUGGGAUGAUCACAAGUCGCCAUGGACAACCGGGGAACGGCCCGAUUUGAAUUCCGCUGGAUGCUUGCCCGAUUGCCUGGGCGCGGGCGGGUCAAUGCACGUGUAUGGAGGACAGAUGGGGAUGACGAGCACGCAUGCAACAAUCAUGGCCGACGGAGGACGAGAGGCGAGGGUUUCGAGAUACAGAGAAAAACGGCGGACUAGGUUGUUUUCCAAGAAAAUAAGGUACGAGGUCCGGAAGCUUAAUGCCGAGAAAAGGCCCAGGAUGAAAGGGAGGUUCGUCAAGAGAACCAGUUUUGUUGCGCCGCCUUUUGCUUUGCACAACACUGAUUUGAUAAUUAGAUAG